GACAGGAUACACAAAACAGGGAAUUGGAUAUAAAUUUCAGUCUUGUGUUAUUAAUAAUAUAUUUAUUUAUAUUAGAUUUAAAAUCCAUUUUCGGUUGAACAUUUAAUAUAUUCGUAAAUCUGCUUCACUCGAAAACGCUAAAUCAGUCUCUUGUUAAUCAUUGCUAAUACGCAGUAUGAUAUGAGCUUAAGGUUUGCUUUAAAACACAUAACCUUCGUUUACGAUUCAUGCCAUAAAUAUUUACAAAUACAUCCAAUUCAGAAUAUAAUAAGAAAUAUAAUAAGAAAAUAGGCCAAACAUCCGGGAUUAUAAAAUGUUUCUGUGAUCGUUCUUGUCUAUAAGAUUGAAUUAUGGCAGACAUUACUUUGACGAGCGAGCAAACGAAAUUUUUAGAAGAAUGUGAAGAGGAAUUUAAAGAUCGUUAUACAGAAAAGGAUAGUGCUUUUAUGAAGAUUAAAAUGCAGGAACCAAAAAAACCGCCAAUUGUGGAUCCCUGGUAUAAUAAACCGCGUAGACAUGACUGGUCACGUCAGCAACAACAUCAAAACCAUGGUAGACGUAAUCAUCAUUGGGAUCGUCGUAAUAAUGAUAAAAAUGAAAAAUUGGAACGACAUGCUGGUAGACACUUCAUGCAUCAUCGGCAAAAGAUGUAUUAAGACACAGUGACAUAGAUGCAAGUGUGAGGACUUGAACAACACAUGAAAAUUGAACUUGUAAUUUUUAUUUAUACAAUUUAUUUUAAUACUAAUGGAUAAUUUUAUACUUUAUUUUCAUUAUUUGUUCAAAUUAAUCAUUAACAUUCUAUUAGCAUUAUACUAAUUAUUUAUAAUUUACUUUAUUACAUAUUAAAACUAAGAAAUCAUAAAAACAUUUUUUCAAAUAGAAUCGCAAUAUCAAUUUAUGUAAAAUAAAUAAAAAAAUUUGAAAUUACAA